AUGAGUCGCGCCUCAGAUAUUGCUAUCACUCCCCAGAUACUGGUUAAUGCUAUCGGUACUAUUGAGAUUGAUACUCUGCAAAACAUUCUCGACAGGAAUGAUCCAUCCAUCAUCACAUGUGACGCCAUCGCAAUGCUGGGAUAUGUCGGAGAUGGAGAGGAAAACACGAGACUAAAAAUGGAGCUUCAGUUGAGGCGUGUUGGGCCAAUCAAGGUAACCGAGGCGGCUAUGGCGAAGGCCCUGGAACAAAACCCGACUUGCGAGAUGGUGAAAACGCUUCUUGAUCAUGGAUGGCCGGUCACUCAGAAUAUUCUGCAACGCACCACCGAAUGGGGAAUGGCAACCAUCUUCAAGCUUCUCCUCGAAGCCGGAGGUCAACUCACGCCCAAGAUGAUUGCAGGCAGUGCGAAGAAAAUUCAUGAUGGGAAUGUAAUGGUUACGCUCGUUGUAUCGUUGAUGGACCGUCCGUUGAACGAUAACCUGUGGGCCCAAAUGAUGCUGCAAUACGUUGAAAACACGUGGGGGAGCCCAGAAACGCUGCAAGCCCUGCUUGAAAUGAAACCUGGUCUGAAGGUUCCAAAAUGGUUUUUGAUCGCGUUUACGAAGAACUCGAUGAAAGGGGAACAUCAUUCUGGAUAUCAUUUUAAGAGGACGGCCGACAGAUAG